AUGCCACCCCUCCUCCGCCACUUUGCUAGUCCACCCAUCCUACCACCAGUCCCAGAACUAUCCUUUGACAUCCUUGAUGGCCUCUCCUUCGAGUUUGAUACUGUCACCACGCCCCCUUCCCCCAACGACCCCACACUUCCACUCCACUCUCCCCUUCCCGUCAAGCUCAUGCCAUCCCGCCUCAUCCCUCCUCCACCUCCAAGCUCCCUCGCAGAUGUUCCAGAAAACCUCUCGGACAUUGAGGAGAGCAACGAGAAUCGAAUCGAUGACCAAGGUAGAGCGCUUUCCAUAACCCUCCCCUACUACUUCCAACAAAGUCCGUCUCUCAAGCGGACCGCCUCCGUCUUAAGCUCAGACACUCCUCUACGAUCCACCGCACCCCUCAACAUCCGCAAGAAGAUGUCAACAUCCCCACCGGUUGGACUUGACCCUCUGCGCUUGCUGCACCGCAUCACGCUUCCCGACUGUCCCCGCUCACCUACGCCCGAGUAUCGCUCCGUCGAGCCGCUGCACCCCGUCCUCGCGUCCAUCGUGAACGGGGACCUACGUGAGGGUGACCUACCGGACGAAAUUGCGAAUGAACCGGGGAUAACGGCAUUCGUCGACCAGCCCCCAGACAACGCGUCAACAACCUCCUACAUUCCACAAGACGAUCCCUUCCCCAACACCCCGUUCCAGUUGCCACCGGGCAUCGAAUGCACGUGUGGCAACUGCGAGUCCGAAAUACCGCCCUCCCUUACUCAACGCCCACUCCCACCUGUCCCAGAGACACCCAAGUCGAUACCCUCCCCUCGGCCGUCACCCCGCACGGGGCGCUCAGGACAUGCCUCUCCAGCCGGACCUCCGCCGGCUGUGCGGUCCCCCUAUCUGUCCCUGGCCGUGCACGAGUGCGGGCAUGAUCACCGUGGUCCCACUGAUCAUGACCAACCACCUGUAUCAUUGAAGAACGAGUGGGACUCGCAGUCCGCCCGGUCCCGAGAUACACUCGACCCGCCGGCGGCAUUAUACACGCACAUGACCCGUGGGACCCCUUCUCCUCAGCCAUCAAUUGCGUCUUCAGGGCCCCCGACUCGUCCCCCACGUCCACCGCGACCGCCAAGACCUGAAGGCCUAGGCAUUGCGACCCUCGGACCGCUCGAACAUGCCCCACCGGCUCACCUCGUCCACCUCCAAUGCCUCGAACGGCCAUUUCCUCACUACGAGAAGGCCUACCCCGCAUCAACUAAGGGGAGCACGCACAGCCGGCGUCCGAGCGAGCUGGAGAACGCGCCUCUCGGUGCCUUAAGGGAGGCGUUUGCAGAGGGAACAAAGGCCUUUGUCACCACCCUCAAAAAGCCUCGUGACGAGGAACGGAGACGUAGCGUGUACAGCCACAGACGCGGUGCGGCGAGCGAUACUUGGGCACCUAGCGAAUUCGACAUCCCACCACCCACAACGAAUGCCAAGGCCGUGAGCCUGUUGGGCCACCAUGAUAGGCGGCACGACCGGCGGGGCUCCGAUGCGGACGAACUCCAGCUCCAACUCGCGCCUCGCCCUUUCCCUGGGGCGACGAGUAAGGCUGCGGCUCUGCUGGGGAUCGGAGUGGCCGAGCCGCCGCCAGUCAGGCGCUUCGCCAAGUUUAGCAGCCCCAAGGCCACCAUGAACGCCCUGCACACCAUUCGCCGCACCCAGCCGACAGGGUGGAGUGGCGCGGGCGUCGGCGCGACGAUGAGGAGAAUGAGCCAGUACACCCUCGACAUGAUGGAGGACGACAUCGACGUCGACGACGACCUAGAACCCCCGGCCCCUGUCGCCUCCACACCCCAUCAGGAGGAGGCAACGAUCACUCCUGGCCCGGGGCAGAGCUUCACCCCAGUCUCCACGCGGCUGAGCGUACAUGGUGCGAGUCCGAGAGCACACGGCACCCACCUCGACGACCACACACCAUCCCCCGGCGGCUCGGGUCAUCCCUUCGCGGCUGUUCCUGCAACGCCACAGACCCGCAUCCGGCCGGAGAGUACCUCCCCCUCGAGGCUCAGUGUAUACUCGGGCUCGACGUCGCACUUGCAGUACUCACCAGCGAGCGUGUACUCGCUGCCCUCGACCAGCAGCUCGUCGCCGUCCCCGGGGUCCUCUCGCGCGCCAACAGCUCUGCAGCGGAAGAGGACGAUCAAAGCGCGCCCGCCCCCAAUCUCCGUCGAGCGCGUCUCACCGACGCGGGUGUUACCCGUCGCCGAGGUCCCCACGCCGUCGACAGCCAUGCAACCCGCCACACCUUUGACCGCCAGACCAUGGACGAACGGGGACGACGACCCGCCGAGAUUAAAGUCGCACAUACUCGCAAAGUACCGGCUGAUCGAGCCGCCUAUUGCCGCCACCGAAUCGCGCAACAGCACCUGCACAGCGAUGACAGAGGCGAGCGGGAUAACGCGUACGGAGAGUAGCGGGUCCCUGAGUGGCGACACGUACACGAGCCGUGAGAGCUACGCGACCUCUGCGCGUGAGAGCUACGCAGCGUCUGCGCGAGAAAGCUACGCGGCCUCUACGCGAGAAGGCUAUGUUCCCAGCCACCGCAGCCUGCGUACCGCAACGUCUACGGAGAGUUUCGGCUCGAUCGCCUCAGUCCUGCCGUCCGUGCACUCGCGGCACUCACUUGCGCGAGUAGACACAACGUCCUUAUCCAUGUCCAUGUCGGCUACCUCGCUCUCACGCUUGGACACGAUGCCAAUACGCGAGGACAGAUCCCUCACAGCCCGACUCAACAGACACGUACGCAACGCGUCCACAGCCUCGUCGACCACCUCGGCGUUCUCGGCCGUCAACAGCGCCACCGCUACACUCCGGGCUGCUGCAAAUGCCACAUUGUCUUGGGGCUUCGGCUCCCGUAUCGCCCCUGGACUGACGGUACCAGAACAUGGGAUGAGGCCUCCCGAGCCGCGCGAGGCCCAGCCGCCACCAUGGCACAAUUACAAUAUCCGAUACGACAAGGAUGGACGCGAGAUCCCCGACCUCACGCCUCGGCCACCGGCUGGACCACCUGUCGAGGAGAGCUGGUUCGAACCGUCCACUCCUAUAAGUCCCGUGGAUGGGGAGGUCACCAAGCUCCAUAAAGUUGGGACACUGGUACGCCACGGGUGGAAGAGGAAGUAA